UUAUGGUAAUAAAACAGUUAAAAUGUACAGACAAAAUGUUUACUCCGUCCAUCAAGACAUAUCCACUUUCUCAACAAGAAGCAAGAAAUCUGAUCCAGCGUUUCGCGAUCUCCACUAAAUAAAAUCAGGCCCCUCCAUCCAUCCUCACAUCUACAAUUCUUCUUCUUCCUCUUCUUCUUCUCAUUUUAAGAAAUGAAGCACAUGUAGUUGUCACUUGUCAUGCAUCCUAAUUGGAUCGUGUGAUGGUAACCAUUUGCAUGUGAUGUGGUUCAUGCCUCUCUCCUCUCAUAGUAAUAGACAGAGAGAGAAUUUUCAGUUGCAGAUUUCAAGGUUCUUGUUAGUUUUUAUAAUCUGUGACACACACACACAAAUCUGAUCAAAAUCAGUUCCGAAGAUGAAGGAACACAAGAGGGACGCUUACGGCUUUUCUGUGAGACCUCAACACUUGCAGAGAUAUCGUGAAUAUGCUAAUAUAUAUAAGGAGGAAGAAGAAGAAAGAUCAGAACGAUGGAAAGACUUCUUGGAUAGGCAAGCAGAGCCUGCUCAACUACCCAUAAAUGGCUUGCACAAGGAGGAAGAAACUACUUCCUCACAUGCUGACGAUACGGUUCCAGAAGAAGAGACUGUUGUAAAAAAGGGUGUUGAAGAAGACGAUUCAAAUGAAACUAACUCUGUUUCUGAUGGUUCAAUUAACGAGGAGGUGGCAGAAGAAACAAAAGCAGACACUGAAACAGAAACAGAUAAAAAAUCACGCGUGGUACAAAUUUGGUCUCAAAUAAGACCGUCCCUUGGUGCCAUUGAGCACAUGAUGAGUUUACGCGUGAAGAAGAGGAAGAAUCUGUCCAAAGGUGAAAGUGGAAAUCAUCUUGCUUCCAUUGAAGAGGGGAAAUCAUCAAAAGGAUCAUCUGGGGAGGACUCUGAUGAUGAAUUCUAUGACGUUGAGAGAUCAGAUCCAGUUCAAGAUGCUUCUUCUGCUGACAACGCAAGUGCUCCUGGUGCUGGUAAUGAUGCAGACUUCCCCUGGAAAGAAGAGCUGGAGUGUCUUGUUCAGGGUGGCGUGCCAAUGGCUCUUAGAGGAGAGUUGUGGCAAGCCUUUGUGGGUGCAAAAGCACGUCGGGGAGAGACCUAUUAUCAAGAUCUGCUUGCUCGAGACGCUAGUGUUAUCAAGGACAACGAGUCUGAUGGUCCACUUUCUCACAACAUUUCAAGUACAGGUCAUGCAUGUCCACCUGAGAAAUGGAAAGGGCAGAUUGAGAAGGAUCUUCCUCGAACAUUUCCUGGCCAUCCUGCUUUAGAUGAGGACGGUAGAAAUGCUCUUAGGCGUUUACUUACAGCAUAUGCUAGGCAUAACCCCUCUGUUGGGUAUUGCCAGGCCAUGAAUUUCUUUGCUGGGUUACUCCUGCUUCUGAUGCCCGAAGAAAAUGCUUUCUGGACUUUGAUGGGUAUCAUUGAUGACUAUUUUGAUGGUUAUUUUUCAGAAGAAAUGAUUGAAUCCCAGGUCGACCAACUUGUUUUUGAGGAUUUGGUGCGAGAAAGAUUUCCCAAACUGGUUAAUCAUCUGGACUACCUAGGGGUGCAGGUGGCAUGGGUUACUGGACCCUGGUUUCUUUCGAUUUUUGUGAAUAUGCUUCCAUGGGAAAGUGUUCUUCGAGUCUGGGACGUGCUUCUGUUUGAAGGAAAUCGUAUUAUGUUAUUUCGGACGGCACUUGCUAUAAUGGAAUUAUAUGGUCCUGCACUGGUUACAACUAAGGAUGCUGGAGAUGCGGUUACUUUGUUGCAGUCACUUGCUGGGUCAACAUUUGACAGUAGUCAGCUUGUUUUGACUGCUUGUAUGGGUUUUCAGUUUGUAAAUGAAGUCAGAUUGCAAGAAUUGAGAGAGAAACAUCGUCCAUCGGUAGUAGCUGCUGUGGAAGAACGCGCCAAAGGUCUCCGCAUAUGGAAGAACUCCCAGGGUCUUGCUUCUAAACUUUACAGUUUCAAGCAUGACCCAGAAUCUCUGAUAACGGAAAGUAGCGCAACAGAAGUAUUACUUGAUACACAAACAAAUGGAUGUUUGGAGUCCGGGUCUAACAAUCUGGAUGAACUUUCCAAUGGUCUAACAGAGGAUUCAGCUGAGGAGUCUGUUCCAGAUCUUCAAGAACAAGUGGUAUGGUUGAAAGUGGAAUUGUGCAAAUUGUUAGAGGAGAAACGAUCAGCAGUUCUAAGGGCGGAAGAGUUGGAGACAGCACUUAUGGAAAUGGUUAAGCAGGAUAACAGACGGCAGUUGAGUGCAAGGGUUGAGUUAUUGGAGCAAGAGGUGGCUGAGUUACAUCAGGCCCUCACUGAUAAGCAAGAACAAGAACGUGCAAUGCUCCAGGUUCUAAUGCGGGUUGAGCAAGACCAAAAGGUAACCGAAGAUGCACGGAGGUUUGCUGAGCAAGAUGCAGCUGCUCAAAGAUAUGCGGCUACUGUUCUCCAGGAAAAAUAUGAAGAGGCUCAGGCAUUACUUGCACAAAUGGAGAAAAGGGCAGUCAUGGCAGAGUCAAUGCUGGAGGCUACCCUGCAGUACCAAUCUGGACAAGUAAAAGCACAACAAUCACCGAGGGCUGUAGCAGCUGACUCUGCAGUAGCGAAAUUAAAUCAGGAUUCCCCUCAGGAACUUCCCGCAAGGAAAAUCAGUUUGCUGUCAAGACCUUUUGGACUUGGCUGGCGUGGGAACAAGGGAAAGCCAGUCGAGGAGUCCAAACCAACUCCAGUUGAGGAGUCCAAUGGGAGGAACCCCUCCAUAGAAGAGGAACAAAGCAUUUCUGCUCAGCCAAAAGAUGUAAACAUGCAACCAGUAGCAAGUGAUGAGAAAUAGUGGCAAUUAGGUAAAGUAGUGACAGGAAUCUGAAAGUUUAAUGCCCUUGGUUGUAUGCUGAUAAGUCUGCUGCUGAUCUUCCUGCUUGUAUAAAUAUUCAUUGAGCAGUUCCACUUCAAGCAAGACCGGGCUACACGAGUGAAAAUUCAUUUAGCCUCCUCAAAAAAGUCGUUUUGUACAUUCUUGCAGAAAAACUUUACCCCAAUCCCUGAAAGGAAAAAGAAGGGUUCAAUUUUUGUGAGGAUGAUGAAAAUUUCCUCGUGUAGGGCCAACCAAUAAAAAUUCCCAACGGUGUUUGAACAUUGGGUUAUCUCCGGGGGGACUCCAGGAGGGGGCAAUGAGAGUUGAGAAUAAGAGAAAUAGUCGUGUAAAAUUUAGUUACUUUGGGAUAAAUUCUAUACAUGUAGGUAUUCCGAAUUUCUAUAUUCUAGAGUUACUCUGAACUGUAGUCAUUUUGAAUUUUUUAUGGCAACGUGAAACAAAAUCAAUGCUAA